AUGGCGGCAGCCAUGGCUCCCGGGCCGUGCCCGCUGCCUACUGGGCGGGAGGCCGCCGCGCGGGGCCGCCAGGCCACGCUGUGGAGCCGGGCGCGGUGCCUCCGCCGCCGGCUGCGGGCGCUUCAGGCCCGGCAGGUGGAGCGGCACGUCCGGCACCAGUUGGCCGGGCUGGUGCGGUACCUAGGGCGGGCGGGACCCCCCCGCGGCGGCGGCCGCAGUCUGGGGCCCGACCUGCGGCUGCUGGCGGCCAGCGCUACCGCCCGCCUCCGCGCCACGCAGGGCGCCUGCGACUCCGACGCCACCGGCAGCAGCAGCGGCGGCGGCUCCGGGGAGGAGAGCGAGGCGGACGGCGCGGGGCAGCGGCGCCCCGCCGCGGCCUCCCCACAACGUUGUCAUGCAGAGUGCCAGUGGGCGAUGGAGAGAGCAGCCAUUAUUUGCCGUUGGACGUGGCUGCAGGCUCAAAUCUCUGAUUUGGAAUACCGAAUAAGACAGCAGACAGAUAUCUACAAGCGACUUCGUGCUGCCAAGGGCCCAGUAGUCCUUGGUGGUGACCAGCAGCCUGGAGACCUGAUGAAGAAGCAGGGCCGACUGGGUUCUGUGUCACUUGUGACCUCCAAAAAGAAUAAGUGGCUCUCGCCUUCACCUCUGUCCCAAGAGCUCUCCUCUUACAUGGUCUUUGGGAAACCCUAUGUGUCAAAGUCCUUCCUGCACCCCCAUCAUUUGCGUACCAGCUCCUCCAGCAGCAGUUCUCUGAUCGGCGUGAAUGUUGAAGAGAGAUUUGGCAAACGAAACCCACUUUACCUUGUUGCUGUGUCGGACAAUACCUGUGUCGCUGCUAGAAUCCGCCCAGUUUGCAAAUUCAAGAAGCGUGAGCUUGUCCGAGCUGCCUCUGUGUCUCACUUCAGCAAGGAAGGUGAGUGGAAGUUUUGCUGUCCGCUGAAACCUCUCACCGUGAAGUGCAGCUGUGAAUGGCCCAACUCUUGCAUCCUGUGUAGCUGCAAAGCCUCUGUCCAGACAAUAGACCCUAAUACCAUGUCCCUGGAAGAGCGCAUAGCCCUCCUGGACCCUGGCUUCCACCCCAUACUCUCUCUAUCUCAUGGCAACCCUCUCCACUUGCACUUUGAAACCUUACUAAGAGAGGAUGGAUUGCAUAGAAUACUGAGCCAUGAACUCAAGACUCUGAAGAUGUCCCAUUUUGGAAACAAAGAAGAUCUAACUAACAGCGCAUUCCGAAAGCUACACUCUUCACUCCUGCUUGCCUCCUGUUCAUUGUUUGAAGGGAGAAGGCAGCGUGAAGGAACACCCAGUCACAGUUUUCCUGUUUCCAGUCCUCAGGCACAUAAAUACGGUUCUUUGCACCACCCACCGUCCUUGUACCCAGAGCCUCCUCCAGCCCCUUCUUCCAGCCAGAUCCCUUUCACUGGCAGCUCCGCAGCGCAGUCCUCAAAAAGAAGAAAAGCGGAAUGUUCCUAUGACAUCGACAACGUUGUGAUCCCAAUGUCAAUGGCAGCUGCCACUCGAGCGGAGAAGCCUCAGUACAAAGAGAUUGUAGUACCAAGCUGGAGGAUAGUAGAGCUCGAGGAACCAGAGCCUUUCAAUCAAGCGGACUCUGAGUUGGAGGAUACUUCUGAUGAGAUGUACUCCAGUCAUCACUCCAAAUAUGAAGAUCUUGAACGAGCCCGCUGGGAUUCCUGGGCAGCAGCUACUUCCCAUAAGCGAGGAAGCAGGUCCUCCAACAAAGCAGACGGCCGAUGGGCCAGGCAGCCUCAGCCAGCAUCUCCGGUUACUGGAUUUAAUUGCCUUAAUGAUCUCUACAUGCCCUCUUCUACUGGCUUGCACUGCUCUGAGACUUGCAACAGUUUGCAGUCCCUCUCUGUCCACAGCAGGACCAGAAUGGUGCUGUCUUGCAGUGAAGGUACCAGAUCUUCCCUGGAAAUGCUGGAUGAAGCAAUACAGAACGUACAGCCUUGGGAGCCUCGCACGUUUCCACUUUCAGAUCCUGCAUACCAAGGUCUUCUCCAGCACUCAAAUGAAGAUGGCUGUGACCAGGCUGACUUUCAGCCCUGGCUCUCUAGCAAUAAGCAGGGCACCAGGCCUAUCUCUGUAGAGCCUGUCAUACCCAGCUUCACAGGGAUGCAAUUUUCAGAUACACACCUGCAAACAGAUGGCAAUAAAAGCAUGGAGGAGUUCAUGGUCCAGCACUGCAACCCAGGAACGCUCGUCAACAAUGAUAAACCCGGCCUGUGGUAUGUAUGAAGUGUUAGCUACGCGUGCUGUGGUGUCAGAAGGCUGGCUGCUGGACUGGUGCAGUGGAGCACCAGCAGUGUGUGGCACUGCUGUGUGUCAGACCUCGUUUCGGCAGCAGAUGAGGAGGUUUCCGGAUGAGGAGGGGUUUAGGCACCUGACGGAGCUAUGGUGCUGGAUCUCCAAGGGAUAGUGCUUUUCAGAAAGACUAGUUUCUGGUCAGGUCUGCAAAACAAGGCUGAACUGCCUUGUCACAGGAAGGUUAGGUGCUGCUACAGGCAGAAGAAAGGAGAUUUGAGUAAAAAUAAUUCCAACAGUAGAAAGAAAACAGCAUUGUUCAGCCUCGAUCUUUACAGAAGUGCCUACCAGGUGGCUAUUGGGUCCUUUAGUGGCUAGAAGCAGGUUUCAGGGUGGUGUUCGCUCGCUCCCAGAUCAAUUUCCAAAUGCCACAGAGGUCUGAGGAAGUCUUGUUGUGAAUUUGAUAUGAACCAAAGACCUGGUGAGGAAGAGGGAAGGAGAAGGCUGCAGGGUAUGUACUCUAAAAUGCAGCUUUGAAAAAUUAAUCUCCUAAGUACCUGAAAAUCAGGUUCCCCUUGCCCUGCAUAAUUGAAGUUUUGUAUCAGCUUCCUUCAAAGAAACGGCAGAUCUAUUUUGUAACACCCAGUUGUCUUGCAGUAUCCUUGCUGUAAUAAAAUUGGCACGUUACAAUUCUCAGACUUUUUGUAUCCUUUCUGAAUUGCCUUCUCUCCUCGGAGUGAAGACAUUGUCUCAGGGAUUUUGGCAAUGAGCCACCAGCAAGCCAUACUGCUGAGAAAAAU